AUGCAGCGCUCCCGGGCGGCCGCGGACGACGCAGCCCUGCUCCUGGCCGGAUUGGCCCUGCGGGAGCUGGACCCGGGCGGCGACUCUCUGGGCAGGGGUCGGCAGGCGCCGCCACCCGGACCAGGAGACGAGACGGCGCAGGCGCUCGGCCGCAGAGGCAAGGGAGGCGGCGGCGGCCCGGAGACUGAGGCGGACGGACUGAACCGUGGAGAGAGAGGCCCACGGCGUGCGGCGCCCGCCGAACUCAGCGCGCAUCCUGCGGGCAGCCCGCGGGCCAGCUUGGCGGGCUCCGACGGCGGCGGCAGCGCUCGUUCCAGCGGCAUCAGCUUGGGUUACGACCAACGCCACGACAGCCCGCUCUCUGGCCGCUCAGACCGGCGCCCCGGCCGGGGGCCACCGUCGGUGGGCAGCGCCCGCUCCAGCGUGUCCAGUCUCGGGUCCCGCGGCUCGACCGGCGCCUACGCCGACCUCCUGCUCCCUGGAGCCUGUCUGGCACCAGCUCGCUCCCCGGAGCCUGCCGGACAGGCCCCCUUCCCUCUGCCAUCGCUCCAGCUGCCCCCGGGCCGCGAGGGAGGCCCCAGCGCGGUGGAGCGGCGGCUGGAGGUGCUAACUCGGGAGCUGGAGCGGGCGCUGGAGGCGCGCACAGCGCGGGACUACUUCGGCAUUUGCAUCAAGUGUGGGCUUGGUAUCUAUGGAGCAAGGCAGGCAUGCCAGGCGAUGGGGAGCCUGUAUCACACUGACUGCUUCAUCUGUGAUUCAUGUGGGAGACGACUUCGAGGGAAGGCAUUCUACAAUGUGGGUGAGAAAGUGUACUGCCAGGAAGACUUCCUGUACUCUGGGUUCCAGCAAACAGCUGACAAGUGUAGUGUGUGUGGACACCUCAUCAUGGAGAUGAUCCUCCAGGCCCUGGGGAAGUCCUAUCACCCAGGCUGCUUCCGGUGUUCUGUGUGUAAUGAAUGCCUGGAUGGAGUACCCUUCACUGUGGACAUGGAGAACAACAUCUACUGUGUCAGAGACUAUCACACGGUUUUUGCACCAAAAUGUGCCUCCUGUGCCCGUCCUAUCCUCCCUGCACAGGGCUGUGAGACAACCAUCCGAGUGGUAUCCAUGGACAGAGACUACCAUGUAGAAUGUUAUCACUGUGAGGACUGUGGGCUGCAGCUGAGUGGGGAGGAUGGACACCGCUGCUACCCACUAGAGGGCCACCUGCUAUGUCGCUCCUGCCAUCUGCGGCGCCUCCAGCCUGGCCCAGUUCCGUCGCCUGCCAUGCAUGUCACGGAGCUCUGA